ACAAAUGUCAAUAUCAUUUUUUCGUUUCGGUGUUUUUAUUUCAGUAAAAUUUGCGGCUUCGUACGCAGCUGAAGUUAGAAUUUUGUGUAGCCUCUAGUGUGCUUCAAUCAUGAAAUUAGUAAUAUGAAUGAAGCUUAUAUCGCCCAAUGUAUGUACUGAUUAGAGAGCUAACACAGCUUUCGAAGAUAACAGCGGUGAGAAAGUGUAGUGUUUGUGUUUGCUUUAUUGCAAAUUCCAGUGUUUGAACACACUUUUCCGAACAUUAUAUCUGAAGAAAAGCAUAAAAACCUUCUCCAAUCGUGGAAUUUACAACGCGUGGUCUUUAACCACCAUUGGAAAUAUUGACGAUCACGGCGCUGCCUAGUAAACCCUUCAACAUGAUCCCCUACUGUCCGACCAACACGUCUAUGGACGUGAUUUGGUUCAAUCAUGGUGUAUCACAGUGUUUCAUGGAUACGGUUGCUAUGGGAUCGAUUGGAGGCUUUCUGCUUAUUUUUGGUACACUGCAGCUAAUUAUGUACCUACGCCAUUCCACGGAGAUCGAUACACAACGGAUACGAAAGUCACGCCUGUACCGUUUUCAACUGUUUCUCCUAAUGUUGAUGCCACUGCUCACCGUCGUAAGAUUCGUGCUGGAAGGAUUCAUCUUCAAAGGAGCACAAGUGUACGGUUUCAUGAUCCUGUCGAUCGCAGUAGCUCUGUUCGUGUAUCCCUACUCGAUUGUGCUGCUGGUAAAGGAGCGCUACUACCAGCUACCAUCAGUACCAACGCGUGGCCAUGGAUUGGUUCUGCUCAUCUUCUGGACGAUGCUGUUCAUUGUACAGAACAUAGCGUUCAUCAAUCUGAACUACCAUGACGCAUGGUUCCGCAUGGAAACGACACGUGACAAGGUGGAAUUCGGUAUGUUUGUCGCGCGGUACACGAUCACCAUGUUGCUGUUUGUGAUCGGUCUUAAGGCUCCCGGCAUAACAUCAACACAAUUCACCGAUGAGUACCAAAACCUUCACCAGGCACAGGAAAAUCAAUCCACGUUCCGUAAUGCAUGGGGCAAAAUGCGAACGCUGCUGCCAUUUCUGUGGCCCAAAACGGAUGUGUUGCUACAGUUUCGUGUAGUGUUCUGUUUCCUGCUGCUCAUCGCGGGCCGCUUUAUCAACGUGUACGUGCAAAUUUACAACAAGAAAAUUGUUGACAGUCUGACGGAAAAACCAACCGUGUUCCGGUGGGAUUGGAUUCUGCUGUAUGUUGGUUUUAAAUUUCUCCAGGGCGGUGGAACCGGAUCGAUGGGACUGCUUAACAAUCUGCGCAGCUUUCUGUGGAUCCGCAUUCAGCAGUACACGACGCGCGAAAUUGAGCUGGAACUGUUCCGUCAUCUGCACAGUUUGUCGCUGCGUUGGCAUCUGAACCGCAAAACGGGCGAAGUGCUGCGUGUUAUGGAUCGUGGCACGGAUAGUAUUAACAAUCUGUUAAAUUACAUUCUGUUCUCGAUCGCACCGACAAUAGUGGACAUUUUGAUUGCGGUCGUUUUCUUCAUCACGGCCUUCAACUGGUGGUUUGGUUUUAUCGUAUUCCUGACCAUGACAUUGUACAUAGUGGCCACGAUUAUGGUAACGGAAUGGCGUACGAAAUUCCAACGACGUAUGAAUUUGGCUGAUAAUCAACAGAAGGCACGUAGCGUCGAUUCGCUGCUGAACUUUGAAACGGUGAAGUACUACGGUGCGGAGCAAUAUGAAGUUUCCUGUUACCGGGACGCAAUUCUCAAGUUCCAGGACGAGGAAUGGCGCUCUAUUAUCACACUGAACAUCCUCAAUACAAUGCAAAAUGUGAUCGUUUGCGGUGGUUUGCUUGCUGGAUCGAUGCUAUGUGCAUAUCUUGUCGUGUACGAGGACGGACUAACUGUAGGAGACUAUGUACUGUUUGCCAGCUACAUAAUUCAGCUCUACGUACCACUUAACUGGUUCGGCACUUUCUACCGCGCAAUUCAGAAGAACUUCGUCGACAUGGAGAACAUGUUUGAUCUGAUGCGCGAAGAGCAGGAAGUACUGGACGCACCGUCAGCACCGGGACUGGCAGUUGCACGUGGCCGCAUAGAGUUCAAUGAUGUUACGUUCGGUUACAAUAUGGAACGGCUAGUGUUGCGCAAUGUUAGCUUCAGCGUGCCCGGUGGCAAAACUGUAGCGAUUGUCGGUCCGUCAGGUGCGGGCAAAAGUACAAUUAUGCGACUCCUGUUCCGAUUCUACGACGUGAACAGUGGUUCGAUUUCGGUCGAUGGACAGAACAUUAAAAUUGUACGCCAAGCUUCAUUGCGUCAAGCGAUCGGUGUUGUACCGCAGGAUACGGUACUGUUUAACAAUACGAUCAAGUACAACAUACAGUACGGCCGUGUCGGUGCGCCAGAAGCGGACGUCAUAAUGGCGGCAAGGAGUGCGGACAUACACGAAAGGAUUCUCACAUUCCCGGAACAGUACGAAACGCAAGUUGGUGAGCGUGGGUUGCGUUUGAGUGGCGGUGAGAAACAGCGUGUAGCAAUCGCACGAACGAUCCUUAAAUCGCCGGCGAUCGUACUGCUGGAUGAGGCCACCAGUGCACUGGACACACAAACGGAGCGUAAUAUACAAACGGCAUUGGCAAAGGUAUGCGCUAAUCGGACAACGAUCAUCAUUGCUCACCGACUAUCGACGAUCAUCCAUGCGGAUGAGAUUCUUGUGCUGAAGGAAGGUUCGAUUGUCGAGCGAGGACGGCACGAGAUGCUGCUCGAGCAGAACGGAGUUUAUGCUGAGAUGUGGAAUCAGCAGUUGAAAAAUCUAGAGCUAGGGCCUAAUGCUGCGGACGAAGGAAUGGUCGAUUCCAAUGGUCAGGUAGCAAAUGGAACACCGAACAAAUUGCCUGCAAUAGCACCACCGAAUCAUCAUCACCAUCAUCAUUGAGGGUAGUAAUAGGAGCGGAUUGGUUUUGAAACUUUUCAUGUCCCUUUUGCACCGGAAGGUACAUUCUGCAAACGAAUUAUACAAGAAGAAAACGAAAAAUGUGAUAGAUGAUUGUGCAAACCUCAAUUAGUAGGGAAAUUAAUUCCAGAAAACAAAACCCAUUUUAAAAACAGUUGUUCACAUUAAGUGCAAAAUUACUCUAACGCUUGUUUCUAAGUAAUUCAUAAACUGGUAUGAAAAUCAUCGAAAUAAAAGAAAAAGAACGAAUGAAACAAAGUGAUUAUGAAACACUUUAGUUAAGGGAGAA